AUGGAAGGACACGGACAACCACCCCCGGCCAACGCCGAGGCCGGCUUCAUCUUUACCAUGUCUCAGGCAGAGAACCCUUUUGUCGCGGACCCUUAUUUCCAACGCGUUCUUGCUGCUUACUUGCCCAAAGACAUGCUAGCCGAGGUUACACCCUGCUUUACCCAAUUCGCGCAAGACACCAUCUCGUCGCAGGUCAAGGAAUGGAACCUCAACGCAGAGAGACAGCAGCCCUUUGUGGAAAAGUACAACGUCUGGGGUGCUCGCCACGAUGUCGACAGACUUGUAACCAGCGAAGGCUGGAGAGCUCUACGUAAAUGGGGCGCAGAAGAAGGCACUGUCGCCAUUGGCUAUGAGACUCGAUACGGCAAAUACAAUCGAUUAGUUCAACAUGCAAAAAAUUACCUCUUCUCGCCCGUGUCUGGUCUCACAGGCUGCCCUCUUUCCAUGACUGACGGCACAGCCCAUCUGCUUCGCUCACAGCUUCCCCAACUACCCCCAUCUCAUCCAUUUCACGAGACCUACGAGCGGCUGACGGCGCGCACCGACAGCUGGACCUCUGGUCAAUGGAUGACGGAGCGUCCCGGUGGCAGCGACGUCCAAAACACCGAGACGUGGGCGCGAUAUGCGCCCUUGACGAGCAAGACUGCUGGCGAGCACGGCCGGCUGGACGAGGGCGACUACCUCGUGUCCGGCUUCAAGUUCUUCUCCUCAGCCACCGACGCCGACGUCACCAUGCUCCUGGCCAAGACGGAGAGCGGCAAGCUCAGCGCCUUUCUGGCACCGCUGACCAAGACGGUCGUGGCAGAGGACGGCAGCGCAAGGGUGGUGACGAAUGGCGUGCGCAUCCAUCGUCUCAAGAAGAAGCUGGGCACCAAGCAGCUGCCGACCGCGGAGCUGGAGCUCAAGGACAUGCGCGCGCACCUGGUCGGCUCUGUGGACCGCGGCGUCGCCACCAUUUCGCAUCUGCUGAAUGUGACGCGCUCGUGGGCCUUUAUGUCCUCGGUGGCGGCGAUGCGCCGCGGUCUCGCCAUUUCCAAGCAAUUCGCCGUCAACCGGACCGUGUUUGGCUACCCGCUCUGGGCUUUACCCUUGCAUCUGCGCACUCUGGCCGACAUUGAAGUGCGUAUCCGCGGCUUCAUGCAGCUGAGCUUCUUCACCAUCUCCCUGAUGAGCUUUACGGAGAAUGGCUUUCCGGAAUCCAGCAGCAGCAGCAGCAGCAAAGGUCCGCUGCUGCCUAGCUCUGGCGAAGAGGCCAUGGUGGUUUUGCGAGCUUUGACGGCUGCGGCGAAAGCGGUGACGAGCAAGAAUGCAGUCAUCACUAUGCAGGAGUGCAUGGAGGCACUGGGCGGCGUCGGCUAUAUGGAUGAUCCCGAUGAGCCGGAGAAUGUGGCGCGCGCUCUCCGCGACAUUGCUGUCAAUGCCAUCUGGGAGGGUACAACUAAUGUCCUCAGCAGCGAGUUUGUGCGCCACGUACUCAACCGAAACCACUUGGAGCACAUGAAUGCCUGGCUGUCCAAGGCUAUCGCGGGCGUCGAGAAUCAGGAAUAUCGUGACGCGUUAGAAGCCUCAUGGCACAACUUGCACAGUCGCCUGCACAAGAACAAAGACUACAUCUUUGACGUCUUGUCUGUGGGCCGAAGCGUCAUGUUUAGUUUCUCAUGGAUUGUCGUCGGACUUCUCCUCGCGUGGGAUGUGCAGCGAGAUAAUGAUGGCCAUGCGGAUGAGGUGGCUCGUCGGUCGAUUCUCAACGGCGAGGGUGGCUUCCGAGAAUGGCUACUCCCUGAUGUAGGCGUACCGGCGGCCGGAGCCAGGUUCGACGAGAGCAAAGAGCGCGCCAAAUGGGAUUGUCGCCUGGUCUGGGACAAGGAGCUCCCCGACUUUGCACCAUUCGGUCAGAGAAUCCCUCUCGGAUCCAAGAUGUAA